CCCGAGUGUGCGCUGUUCACGUGUUAUAACCGCCGUUAACGUGUUGCGAGCCGAGCUUAAAGAGAAGCGGUCCGGUCGGGCCACGGGCAGGGGAUGACGGACACACGGCGGGCGCCGCUCGUACCGAAGCGGGAAGAGAAACACGGCCUCUUGCUCCGCGGCGGCGAAACCCCGGAAACUCGGGGCCGCUAGCUAACAAGCUAACGCUAGCUAGCUUUUUGUUGACAGCGAGCGUGCCUGUCAGACGCACGCGCGCGCGAGGGCGCGCGGGGGGGUUGGGUGGGCUGACCCGACCCUAAACUUUCCUCCGCCGUCCCGUCCCGUCCCCCCAGGUCUCGGGGAGGGGGGGGGUGUUUUUAAAAAGCCGCCGCCGCCGGUGUCACUCGGAAGUCGUCCUCGGAGCCGAGCCGUGGAAGUGUCGGGCCGCCGCCGAACCACUUGUAGCUCCGGCAGAUGGCUUCGAGGGGAGGCUUUUCGGGUCCCCCCGUCAAUCAGAACGCGAACCCCAUGAACGCCGGCCUCGCCGGGGGCAUAAGGAUACCGGGGAUGCCGCAGUCUCCGGCGGGAUACCCCAGACCCAUCAGCGGCGCCUCUCAGUACCACCCGCGCCCAGGAAUGCCACCCACAAGGGGAGGGGGCCCGAUGGGGUCAAUGGGAGGCCAGGUCCCUGGGCUCUCAUAUGGUGUUGGGAACAUGCCCAUACGGCCAGCCAUGGGGCCCCCCACUGUGGAGACCUCUAGAAAGCGGUUCCUUCAUCAUCAGCAGCAGCAGCAGCAACAACAGCAAGGGGCUCUGGGAGGCCUGAGACGUGGUGCCAAAAGACGCAAGAUGGCAGACAAGGUUCUCCCACAGAGGAUUCGAGAUCUGGUUCCCGAGUCCCAAGCCUACAUGGACCUUUUAGCCUUUGAGAGGAAACUGGACCAGACCAUCGCUCGCAAGCGCAUGGAGAUCCAGGAGGCCAUCAAGAAGCCCAUCACGCAAAAGCGCAAGCUGAGGAUCUACAUCUCCAACACAUACAUGCCUGGCAAGCCUGAGGGGGAGGAGGCUGAGAAGGUGUCGUCCUGGGAGCUGCGGGUGGAGGGCAAGCUUCUGGAGGAUCCUGGGAAGCAGAAAAGGAAGUUCUCAUCUUUCUUCAAGAGUCUGGUCAUUGAGCUUGACAAGGAGCUGUAUGGACCUGACAACCACUUGGUAGAGUGGCACCGAAUGCCUACCACCCAGGAGACCGACGGCUUCCAGGUCAAAAGGCCCGGGGAUGUGAACGUGAAAUGCACCCUGCUGCUCAUGCUCGACCACCAGCCCCCUCAGUACAAACUGGACCUGCGGUUGGCACGCUUGCUGGGCGUGCACACCCAGACACGGGCCAGCAUCAUGCAGGCCCUGUGGCUCUACAUCAAGAACAACAAGCUGCAGGACUGCCAUGAAAAAGAGUACAUCAACUGCAACCGCUACUUCAGACAGAUUUUCGGCUGUCCUCGUAUGAGGUUCUCGGAGAUCCCCAUGAAACUGGCAGGCCUCCUGCAGCACCCUGACCCCAUCAUCAUCAAUCACAUCAUUAGUGUGGAUCCCAACGACCAGAAGAAGACGGCAUGCUAUGACAUAGAUGUAGAGGUGGAUGACCCACUGAAGGGCCAGAUGAAUAGCUUCCUCACCUCCACUACCAAUCAGCAGGAGAUUGCAGCCCUGGAGAUGAAGAUCCAUGAGACCAUUGAGUCUAUCAACCAGCUGAAGACCCAGAGAGACUUUAUGCUGAGCUUCAGCAACAACCCACAAGACUUCAUUCAGGACUGGCUUAAGUCCCAGUGCAGAGAUCUGAAGCUGAUGACCGAUGUGGCAGGGAACCCAGAGGAGGAGAGGAGGUCAGAGUUCUACCAGGCUGCCUGGGUACCAGAGGCAGUGGGCCGGUAUAUUUACUCUAAGGUGCAGCAGAGAAGACAGGAAUUGGAGCAGGUGCUGGGUAUCCGACUCACCUGAACGUGGCACGAUUCAGAGUGCCCCCAGCCAACGCAGCUCAGUUUUACACCUUGUAUAUGGAUACCUUCAGUCCAGUUUUUUGGAAGGACUUUGAAAUGAAAGCGCUAAUGUUGCAGCAAAACUGGUCCCGUACACAAAGCCAUUCUCAACAACACGGUGCAGUACCAUCGUAACCGCAGGGUCAACGCGUCCUCAUAGCUGGCUCAUAGACAAUAACAUAAAGCAAGUGGAGUAUUUGGGACCAAAGUAAUGUGUACAUGUUUAUGGUCUUAACGUGUUUUUAACCUUUUCAUUGACUGUUUUGAACCAAAAGUGGGCUCAAAUAAUGCUUUCCUUAUUUUAAAUUGUGUUCAUUUUGUUUGUGGUACUGUCUGCUUCGUGUUUUAAACAUCGGUGCUUCAGUUGUUUUGACCAAUUAAGGGAGUUUUUCCAUGCGGGGGCGGGGGGGGGGGGGAGCUGUCUGUUUAACUUGAUGUUUGAAAGCCAUAACCAUAUAAUCGGCGCGACGCCUCGUGUCUUGUAACAUAUCAGCACCGUAGUUUCGGGGAUGCGGGAGGAAGUAAGGGUUCAUUUUCAAACGCCACAUGUUCACGCUGGGGGGGGGGGGGGAUGCCGCCGCCGUCGUCUCAGAUGUGUCAGUAUUUCAAAAAUGCGAACGAUUUAGUCCCCUAAACCAUCAUUUGUAUGUUGAUGGAAAAAGUCUUAAGGUGCCUCGGUGAGCGCCCGAGUAGCGCAGCGGUCUAUUCUGUUGCCUACCAACACGGGGGUCGCUAGUUCAAAUCCCCGUGUCACCUCCGGCUUGGUCGGGCGCCCCUACAGACACAAUUGGCCAUGUCUGCGGGUGGGAAGCCGGAUGUGGGUGUGUGUCCUGGUCGCUGCUCUAGCGCCUCCUCUGGUCGGUCGGGGCACCUGGCCUCACCGUCAAGUGAAAAGAAGCGGCUGGUGACUCCACAUGUAUGGGAGGAGGCAUGCGGUAGUCUGCGGCCCUCCCCGGAUCGGCGGAGGGGGCGGAGCAGCGACCGGGACGGCUCGAGGAGAGUGGGGUAAUUGGCUGACUACGAUUGGAAGGAAACGGGGGAAAAAUCCAAAAAAUAAACUCUUAAGGUGCCUCAAAAUAACCGAUAAGGUAUUUUCGUGCUGGCAAUCAUUUUGAAAGUAUCUACUACUACUGCUACUACUUCGGCUGCUCCCGUUAGGGGUCGCCACAGCGGAUCAUCCGUUUCCAUCUCUUUAAUAAUGAUGAAAUGAUCAUUUUGAAAUUAUGUCUGCCGUUUCCCCCCGUGAGUGCCCACGGCGAGAGUGGUUUGGAACGAGACCGUUAGUAACUUUACUGAGACACCCGGGGCCUCAUGUGUCAGCCGUCACUAUGGGCGGAUUUGUUCUUCCACACCCGUGGGAGUUUUUUUAGCCCUGAAGUUCAUCUCGCAGACCAGUGUAGAACCCGGGUAACCCCUGAGUUUAGCCACCGGUUGGCUAACACCGAUGUCUUCGCAGGCCUGGGUGAUUGCGCGUUGCAAGAGGUAGACAAUAGAUGUUAGGAGGAAGGAAUUACAAAUAACCAUCAUGCUUUGCUGCUGACUGUCAGACCAUCUUGAGGGCAAAAAAAAAUAAAAUUCAUGGGUGUGUGAGAACAGAUUUGCCCAUACUAAUGAUGGAUACACGAGGCCCCGGGCCUUCGGCACGCUCUGAUCCGGGAGAACCCAGCUCGGGAACUGCCCGUUCCUACAAGAAACUGAGCCCGCUCGCUCCAGCCGCUCUAGCUCAGUAGCGUAGAGAUUUUUUUGUUGUCGUUUUCGUCGUACUUCUUGAAUGUUUACAUGCCGUUUCUAGUCGUUAGGGUGCUUCAUUCUUCUGAUGCCGAGAGAGGGGGGGGGGGGAUUCUGGGUCUGUGUGGGUCGAAGGGAAUCUUCUGGAAAGAAUGACUUCUAACGCAAACCGCUCGACAAGGUUAACUGGUAAUUAAAGAGGAAUAAUGUCAAGUGAAAAGUGCGCUAGAUUGUGCAGGGUUUUUUUUUGUGUAGUUGAUUUUAGCCGGUGUUUAGAUGAAAACGCUACUUUGGCAGGGCCUUACGGGAGGGAUAUCGCCACAUCUUUGAACAUUCCACGAUAACGCGUCACGGUGCCAAAACUGCUUGUGAAAGAGGCACUUUUAAGACGUUUUGUGAAAUGUUACAGUGCCUUUUUGUUUUUUACUGCAUCUUUGUACAACAUUUGCAUGUUAUGUAUCAUCAAUCAAAAUCCUUUGUUUUAUAGGAUAAUAUUUUGUACAAAUAAAUACGGUAUACU